UCGGGGUGGUCUUAAUUCGCAAGGAAACGGAACGGUAACGGUGGUGCGUGAACACACGGGGUUGAUAAAAAAAUCAGUGGUGGCUUUCGGAGGACGAUUUUUUUGGGGAAACCAACACGUGGGACAUGAGGCUCCGGCACCCUGAAGUUUACCGACAUGAGUUCCUGGCCCCGCAGACGCUUCCGCGUGACGCCACUUCGUGCUCUCGGUGCUUUUCUCAUUGUGGGAAUAUUGUUCUGGUAUAGCCUCGGCAGGCAAGAAGAACCACCUCAACCGUGCAGUGUUCCCGAAGAAUUUACGGAGAAACUCCACGAUCUCACUUACAGGACUCAUCUGGUACUUGCGAAACUCGGAGUCGUGCACUUCCUGUGUUUCGGUGGUCUCUGGGGCCAGGUGAGAAUCGGGCGAGCCUUGCCUUGGUCACGUAAAACAGAGUUCUGUCUAAUCGACACUCUGCGAGACGACGCUCUCAUAACCAAAGCUUUUCGAGAUGUUAACCUCAGCGCGAGCUAUUCUCACGCUGCUGGAAUCUAUCACGUGCAGGAACACGAGGUCGGCGAGGACUCGCCGAAGAUAGAGAUCGUCGUCUUCGAAGAGGACACUGUGACGCAAAUGGUCCGAAGAGUCGGUUGGACGCGAAGGGUCCUCCCACCGGAUUGCGAACUUUCGCCCAGUCUCCAGUGCUUCCCUCCGCAACUGGCAAUACCGCCGCUGCCGACCAAGCAAUUCGGUGGUUUCCUCGUUCCUGUACCCCGGGAAGGAAUCGAGUUGCAGAAGUAUCAUUAUCCGAAUGAUUGGUGGCUCGAGAUAAAGCCCACCGAUUGUGUCGAGCCUCGAAACGCGAAUACGUAAUUCUGUAAUCCUGCGAAUAUAAAUAUGCACGAAACGUUCCAGAAUUCAAGUCAAAAGUAACGAGGCGGAUGACGAGACUGCACGGGGGAGGAAGAACAAGCUUCUUUCCCCGGCAGCUCGCUCCCAACUUCUGGAACUUUCUGUACAUAUUAAAAUUUACGUAUGUAAAUGUACCGUACAUAUUUAGCACAUGCCACGUCCAAAGACUUCACUUCCUGAUCUAAUUGUUCCAUAAUGCGCUGGAUGUAUUUACGAUUUGUUGAUAUAUAAUGAGACCGUAGCAGGGAGGUGCGAGGAUCCGAAACGUAGCGUAUGGAUAAAGAAUCGAAAGUUUCUUCUCCCACUUGUCAAAGCGGACCACGAGUAAUGCAGUGACAUCUCAAGCUCACGGAAUUUGAAAGAAAAAUUUUCAAGCUACAUUUUUCGCUGACAUGUGGGAGCUACGAAUUAGUAUAAUUAAGUUAUUUAAAAAGGAAAUAAGUGAACCUGGACGGACGAUAUCACAAAAGUACAUUCCCCAUCGUGUAAUCUUAGUCAUCGAUCACUUAACGAAAAACAAUGUUUGUACUUUGGUAAUUUUCUGGACACAUUUGCGCUGUUAUUGUCGUACAUCGAGUUCGAAAUCAUAUUUUUAUUUAUUUAUUUAUUUUUUAUUGUCACUCGCCAGUUGAAAAUGAUGAAGUAACUUCCAUUCAUUGAAUAUUAUCGUGCGGUAUCGUUCAAUAUUUGAGAGCUUCCCGAGCCUUGGACGAAGCGAGCGUGUCUCGCGUGCUACUCUUUUCCACAGUACUCUCAUUUACAGAUACGGAAAAUGGAACAUUUUUUUAAUCGAAUUUUACCUUUGUUUAUAUAACUCUUUACAGGUACUAUUGUAACGAACGUUUUUGUAAUAGAUGAACAAAACGCGAAUGUACAUUGCGAGCAUCCUUUUUUCCUGAGUCAAUAAGUACGAAAAUUUAUUGUUUUUUUUUUUUUCUUAUAGAUUAAUAUCAAUAGUUGUUGCGUGAUACUGCAGUAAUAAACGUCACAUGACAAUCCGAUGGAGCAACUCACUGAUUUUGUUAUUUGAUGAGGAAUGAAACAAUGCCAGGAAAUGACGAGUCAACGAUUCUCCUUUAUGCACAAAUUCCCUUUCCACACGUUUCUCGUUCUAUUUACAGUCAUUAAAAAUGAACUUUAGUUAAAGACACGAAAUUCGUUCCUACGAUUUAACGCGCCUGUUUCCUGAACCUCCUUUAAUUAUGGUCAACGAAUUCGUAGAGCUUUGACCACUCGAGAUGAAAAAUUGUUUUUAUUUCUGGAAAAGCACGUUGGAAAAUAAAUUGAACUGCGAAGUUCCUGGAUAUCAA